GCCUAUUCCUGAACAUUUCCUUUAAUCUUUCUUAUUUCAGUCAGUAGCCACUGCUUAAUGAUCACAUCCAUAUUCCAUCUUCUGCUGUCUUUUGACUUUGUGUUUUGCUGUGUUUCUCUCAGCUUCUUCCCAGGCUCCUCCGGUGAAGCCCCCGCGGGUGUCUGCUCAGCCGGCGCCCACAGCAGAACUGGACCGCACGGAUGACAUGGUCUAUCAUAACGUGAUGGAGAUGGUGAAGGUCGUGGUGCAGCUGAAGAACGAUGUCAACACGUUACCAGCCUCAGAGUACGUCACUGUGGUGAAGUCGGUGGGAAUGACGUUGCGUUGUCUGAUCCGCAGUGUGGAUGACAUCCUCCCGACUCUACACAAGUCCAUCAGAACAGAGAUUGAAGGAACUCAGAAGUUGCUGAAUAAGGAUCUGGCCGAGCUGAUCAGUAAGAUGCGUCUGGCUCAGCAGAACGCCGUCACGUCUCUGAAGGACGAGUGUAAGAAACAGAUGCUGGCGGUCGCUCACACGCUGGCCAUGGACUCUAAAAACCUGCUGGACGCUGUGGACCAGGCCAGAGUGAGAGCCAGUGUGGCCAAACCCACCACACCCUAGAUCUGAUCCCUAAUUGGACGCCAGACAGGCGCUUUCAUCCAAUGAGAGAGCUGGGGGAUGAAAAUCAGUUGUAAAUGACCUGGCACAACUUCCUUUAUUUAUGCUUCCGAAUGGUAAUGAAAGCAGUGCUUUCGAUGUUGAAUGUUUUCAGAUGGAUUUUCACAAUUGUCUGCUUGUAAUUGUUUUCAAAAAGUCAAGGAUGUCUGAUCUCAGGAAAGUUUGAGGGAGGAAAUAAAUACAGACUUCUGCAGUUUUGUCAUGUCAGAGCAUUAACUUAUUUAAUUCUUUAAACUUUACA